AUGUAUAGAGCAUUAAACAUCCAGAUUGUUUUGGUUGGAUUAGAGAUCUGGACAGAUACAAACCACAUAUCUGUAAUGGAUGGUUCAGCUGGAGAUGUGCUGAGUAGAUUCGUUUCUUGGAGACAGAAAGAUCUUCUCAAACGAUCAAGAAAUGAUGUUAGCCAUCUCAUAAUAGGGAGAAGCUCUUAUGGUGGAGCCAUUGGAAUGGCUUUUGUGGGUACCGUCUGCUCACAAGUCCAGGGAGGGUCAAUCAGCACUUUGAAUCAUAAUGAUAUGUUACGGCAUGCUACAGUAGUUGCACAUGAAUUGGGCCAUAAUCUCGGAAUGAAACAUGACGAUAAAAGGUGUCCUGCAUCCUAUAUUAUGCACAGCACAGAUAAUGGAUCCAGGAAUUUCAGCACCUGCAGUGCUGAUGAUUUUGAGAACCUUAUUCUAAGUGGAGGAGGAAACUGCCUGAGAAAUCCUCCCAAGACAAGUAAUGUUUACAAAGAACCAGUCUGUGGUAAUAAUGUGGUCGAUAACAACGAAGAAUGCGAUUGUGGCAAACCACAGGAAUGUACGAACCCUUGCUGUGAUGCUGCGACCUGCAAACUCACGCCUGGAUCGCAGUGCGCCCAAGGACUGUGCUGCAAAAAUUGCAAGUUUAAAGUGGCAGGAGAAGUGUGCAGAUCGAAAAUGGAUUUCUGUGAUCUACCUGAAUAUUGCAACGGAAGUAACGCCUACUGUCCAGACGACGUUUAUAUCAUGAAUGGUUACCCAUGUGACAACAUGAAGGCAUAUUGCUACUACGGAGUAUGCCAGAGUUUUGAUUCACAAUGUGAAUCUAUAUAUGGAAAAGGGGCACGAAAAGCACCUGAUGUAUGCUUUGAAAGAGCGAAUAUUAAAGGAGACAGGUUUGGAAACUGUGGAAUGACAGGUGGAGUGUACAAGAAAUGUCCUGUUCAGCACAGUCUGUGUGGCAAGCUCCAGUGCACAUCUGUUAGUCUUCAAAAUCUUCCCACUUGGAGUGUUGUCAAUAACGCAUCUGGGGUUUUAUGCUGGUCUUCUGACUUUGACUUAGGAUCAGAUGUCCCUGAUCCUGCUCAAGUUCAUGAUGGAACAGCUUGUGGAGAAAAGAAGGCCUGUGUAGAUUUUGAAUGUGUUAAUGCAAGUAAUCUGGGCUACAGCUGUGAUGUAAAGCAGAAGUGUAACGAUAAUGGGGUGUGUAACAACAACGGGAACUGCCACUGCAAUUCUGGAUGGGCACCUCCGUUCUGUGACCAGUCUGGCUACGGCGGCAGCAUUGACAGUGGUCCAACUCAUAUAGAUACAUCACUUCGGGAUGGUCUGCUUAUUUUUUUCCUCCUUGUGUUGCCGGUAGUAAUUCUUACUGUAUUAGCAGUAAUUAAGCGUGAUGCAAUAAGAAGAAAGUUUUGCAGGAAAAGCAGAAGACAACACAGGGAUAACAAUGUGCAGCAACCAAAGCAAAAUAAUGGACCAGGUCAUAACACAAGAGAUAGUCAGCCUGCCACGUCAAGUCCUGAUUUUUUUACCAUAUCACAUUUUCCUGGUCCAAGGCAGCCAGUAGAAACCCGGUUUCCUGCAGUUCCUUCAUGACGUCAACAACCUGCAGUGCCACCUAGACCUGCUGUCUGA